UAUACAUAAGAGCUGGUCUUUCUUUUGAUAUCGAUCUUGCCAGGAGUGUUAAACGAAAAUCAAAAGUAAAUUUCCGUACGUAUAACAAGAAAAACGUCUCGUUUAAUAUAAACAGUAAAAUAUCACUCUCAUCAUGGACAGUUCGAUUGUGUUUAAGUUAUUUUCAUCGAAUACGGUGUUUAUUCUUUUGCCAUGUGUUUUGUUGACAUUGAUAAUGUUACUAGUGGAGAAAAAAUCGAAGAAAAACUUUUCGGAUGAAGCAUUUGUGAAACGAGCACCAGGCCCAAUGUCAUUACCGAUAUUAGGUAAUCUGUACAGCAUGGCCGGAUAUGAAUUACCAUAUCAGUCGUUCGGUGUUUUGGCUAAAAAAUUCGGUGACAUCAUCAACUUGAAAUUGGGACCACAACAGGCGGUCGUUGUUAAUGGAAUCGAUAAUAUCAAAGAGGUUCUGAUUGCGAAAUCAUCACAUUUCGAUAGUCGGCCGAACUUCAAGAGAUAUCACGAUUUAUUCUCCGGCAAUAAAGAAAAUUCUUUGGCAUUUUGUAACUGGUCUGAUAUUCAAAAGAAACGUCGUGACAUGCUUGUUCAACACUCAUUUCCUCGUAACUUUUCAUUACGAUUCAACCAACUGAAUGACAUCAUCGCUAAUCAAAUGCAGUCAACAAUUUGCGAUGUCAAGACGAAAAUAGCAGAUAACCAAUUAAUUGCCAUCAAGCCACUCAUGUUACAGUCGUGCGCCAACAUCUUUACGCAAUACUUCUGUUCGAGAAGUUUUUCCACCACUGACAAAGGUUUCCAGAAGAUGAUCUACAAUUUUGACAAAAUUUUCUACGAAGUCAACCAAGGCUACCUGGCCGAUUUCUUCCCAGUUUUGUUGCCGUUAUUCCAUUCGAGGAAUUUGAAAAGAAUGGAAAAUUGGUCCCACGAAAUCCGACAAUUCAUUUUGGAUAACAUCAUCGAAAAUCGUAAGGACACAUGGACAGCCAGCAACGAACAGAGCGAUUACGUUGAUUCGUUGGUCGAUCAUGUAACACAAAAUUUGGAACCGAAAAUGGAAUGGGAAACAGCACUGUUCGCAUUGGAAGACAUUAUCGGCGGUCAUUCUGCAGUUGGAAAUUUCUUGGUAAAAGUUUUCGGCUACAUUGUCCAAAAUCAGCAUGUGCUGAAGAAGAUCCAACAAGAAGUCGAUGAAACCAUCGAAUGCAAACAGGGUAAUUCAACAAUUGAAUUAAGCGAUCGCAACCAGAUGCCAUACACCGAAGCGGUUAUCAUGGAAGCAUUACGUAUGAUUGCAUCACCAAUUGUACCACAUGUCGCGAACCAGAACAGCACAGUUGGUGGAUAUUUUGUUGAGAAAGACACGUUGAUCUUUUUGAACAAUUACGAGCUCAGUAUGUCUGAAGAGCUAUGGGUAAAUCCGAAGGAAUUCAAUCCAGAACGAUUUAUCCGGGACGGACGAGUAUUCAAACCAGAUUUCUUUCUACCAUUCGGAGCUGGCCGACGCUCUUGUAUGGGAUAUAAAUUGGUUCAGUAUUUGAGCUUUUCGAUUCUGACCAACCUUUUACAAACAUUCGAUGUGACAACAAUUGAUGGUGGUAAGAUAACGGUUGAAGCUGGAAAUUUAGCCGUAGACGAAAAGUCGUUUGAAUUCAAAUUUAAGGAACGUUGUUAGGUUUUCUUUUUAUUAUUUUGAUCUCAAAAAUUUAUUAUAUAUUGUAGGUGAAUGGGUCUGUUUGAUUGUACGUUUGCUUGUUGUUACCUGUUUGCAAUUACAAAAUUUUUUAAUUUAUUAUUUAUAAGAUCAUUGAUGUAGAUCGAUUUGAAAAGUUUAUUUUAUUCAAAAAUAUUUUAUUAAUUUCGAUAGAUUCGAUCAUCUGCUUUAUAAUCAUAUAUACAAUGAUGUAUGUAGUGUAUGUAAAUUUGUUUGUUAGUAAUAUUUUUCUUUACUUAAUGCUGUAUUAAAUGCUACUUCUGUGAUCUGUAUAUCUUAGAGCCAACAACAACAACAAAAAAAUGUUAAAAAAUAACACGAAGCAUUUUUCCAAAGUGCUAAAUAUCUAGACGAAAAAUGUAAUUUUGAUUCAUAAGAAUAAUUCUUUAAAUUUAUGUUACCAAAGAGCGA